AUGUCAAACACCCAACCUACUAGUAGAGUGACGAGAAGAAACAGAGGAGAGGUGCAAGAAGAAGAUGUGAACAUGAUACCUCCACCUUCCUCCAAUUUGAACGGGGAGUUACCGAAUGAACAAGAAGAUGGUUUAGAAGGUACCGACAACCCGGUAGGAGAAGAUUUAGACGGAGAAGCCCUAGUAGAAGAGAGAAGAGAUCAAUUAGCUAGAUCAAUGGACAGUUAUCAAGGAGCGGAAGAGGAAGAAGAAAAAGAAGAUUCAGAAGAUGCUACCUUCGAUGCGGAAGAAGAUGAUGGAAGUUCGGAUGUGACAGGAUCUUCAGUUUCACCCGACUCAUCUGGUUCUGACUCGUCUUCCACCUCGAGUGAUGACGAGUCGUCUGGCGAAGACUCUGAAUCAUUGUCUUCAGACUCAUCGGAUGAUUCUUCCAGUAAAUCGGAAGAAUCAGAAGAUACUGUACGACAUGGAAAGAAACGCAAACACAGAUCCAUCCGAGCUAUCGAUAAAAAGAUAGAGAAGGCAAUCCGCGCAAAGGAGAAAGCCAAAGUGAUGCUAGCAAAAGGGAAAAGUAAGAAGCAAGAGAACGCAACAACGACAAAGCAUGGCAAACGAGCCACCUCAAAGAAGCAAAAGUCGUCCUUGGGUAAGAAGAACAUCAAGAAAGAAAACGGCAUAAAAUUUCAGAAAGGAGCCCCCUGUAAAUCGCUUCUACCAACUUUACAAGCCUAUUGGGGAGAUGCGAUUAAAAACCUGUCCGAUAACGUCCCGCUUACAGUCCUGAACCCUACCUUUGUUCAAAAGGAUAAGGUAGAAAGUCGAAAGAAUCAAUCUACUACGUCGUCUUCGAAGUCUACUAGGAACAGAGGACUAAACCCCCCGUCAGAAUAUGCGAUGACAUUCGGGGAAUGGAUAGAUGGUAUCAUGUUGUUGAGACGCUACUUGAAGAAGACAGAUGCAACCGAGUGUUGGAUGGUGGCCCUAAGAUACGAUAUCAUGUUCAGAGAACAACUUUUUGGUCACCGAGGAAAAGGAGUUCCGGUAUCAGACGCAAGCAUUCACAUUGAGAAGUUCGAGCGUUUAGCGAAGGAGAAAGCGACAAGAAACGGAGAACUGUCCUUUGGAGACGCAAACCCUUAUGCAAAAGGAGCGAGGUUUGAGAAUAGAGACCCAAUUACCGGAUUAUGGGAUGAUUCGGCAAAGAAUAACGCAAACAAACGCAAGCUACACUUGAUAAGACAAAGACCACUGUCAUCAAACAACAGACGAUUGCCAAGAUUGCCGAGGGAACCACGACUCCCCGAUAUAAUCGAGAUGCUGCCACCGUUACGACAAGAACCACCUAGAGAAGUCCGUCAGAGAGUUGUAAGAGGGGCAGUGAGAAGAGGCAGAGGAGGAGUAUCGACUGGGAGAGGGAGAGGGGGACAGCAGUAA